UUUCCCCAUUGCUUCUUUGAUAUGCCAUUAGCUUUGUGUUCCUCACUUUUCCAUACAACAUAAGAGGUGUUUGAACUUUCAGCAUGACUCUGGCAUUAGCACUUUUGCUUUGUAUGUUUUUGGGGACACAUGGUUUCAACACACAGCUUGUUAUUGAACCUCAGCCCAACUUUGAUGUGGAGAAAUUCCUUCUAGUACCAGAUGCCAAUGGAUAUGUGAAUCUGACCAUGUGGAGCAUAAGACCAUAUGGAUGCUCCAUCAGUGUUUAUUCAUAUGAGAAGACAGAUGUUCCUGGAGAAUUCACUUACUUCAGCAAAAGGCACAAGAUAAUAAAAGACAUCACAAUAGUGGAGACCAAUUACACUGAUUAUAGUUUGGUCCUUAAAUACAAGAACAUGCACAAAGAAUACACUCAAGUAGCUCUUUACGGACGGUCAUCCAUACAAAGGCCGGAACUAAUAGAGAAGUUCAGAUCUUUUGCUUUAUCUCUGGGCUUUUCUGACGAGGCCAUUGUCAUUGCAGCAGAUGUUGAUCCCUGCCCUAUUCUAGAACCAAGGAAUACAGCAGAAUUCAGAGAGGAGAAAUCUUCACAAUCUCCUAAACAAUCAGUCUUUGGCACCGAGAAUCUUUCCCAAGUGUGACAGGAUGUUUUUAUUCGGUAACUCACUCUAACUUUAUAACUAACUGUAUACUUUCACCAUCUUUCAGCCAGCCGUGGAUUCAGACCUUGGGUUACAUAUAUACUGUUUUGUUACACAUUUGGGGAAAAGUGUCUGUUUUAACCCAAACAAUCAUUGGAGAAAUGCAACACUAUAACAUCGUCAAUGUAACGCAGUUGUAUUACGUUCGUAAAGCCAGCAGGUGGCGCAGUUGUAACAGGACACAAACAGCCAGCAUCUCAUAAUCUAGUGUUCCACCUGACACAAACAGUGCUAACAAUAAUGAUGUAUCUCACAUGUGUUACUGUAGUUGCUUGCCUAAUGUUUACAGAACAAGUGUGUCAAAUCUUUGUGAUCAUUAUACAACGACUGUAUUUUCAAAAUGAGUAGGCUAAUAAAAGUUUGUUGUUG